AUGGAUAAUUCAAAAUUAUUUUUUACAAUAUAUAGAAAUAAAUUUAUUAGAUCUAUAAUAUGGAAAUUUGUUAAACAAAUUAUAGAAAAUAAAAAAAAUCUUGUUGAAGGUGAUAGUAAAUUAACAUUUUCAAGGAAAUAUAAAGAUAUUCAUCAAGUUGUAUGGAUUGUAAAUCAUAACCAUUUAGGAUUAUUAAAAAGUAAAUUAGAAAACAAUGAAUAUCUUUCAUUUGAUUCAGAUUCAUUCAAUUAUUCAAUAUUAUUAAAAGUUAUUGAUGAAUGUACAUUUGAUUUACUCUAUAAUAGAUAUCGUGAUGAGUUUAAAAAUUUCUCAGAUUCAUUAAUUGCAACAUCAAUUAGAUAUGGAAAUACUGGUGCAUUAAAAGUAUUAUUAAAAGAUAAAGAGUUAUAUGAAUUACAUAAUAUUAGCAAUUCAGCAUUAAUAAAUAAAAUCAAUAAUAGUAAAUUUAAAAUCAAUGGUACAACUUCAGAUAUAAAUGAAAAAAUAUUUAAGAUUAAAAUGAUAGAUUUGGCAAUUAGAUCUGGUAAAACUGAAACAAUUGAUUUCUUACUUCAAUUCUUGGAAGAAAAACAAAAACAACUUGAUGAAAUUGAUUCAAAAAAAGAAAUUGAUCCUGAUAGAUUCCCAUUAUCAAAAUCAUCUGUAAAACAAUUAGUUUCUGAAACUAAUAAUGAAAUUAAAUCAGUUUAUGAUUAUAGUAAUAGUAGCAGUAGUAAUGGUAAUGGUGAUAUUGAACCAACUAAAAUUAGUAUUGAAAAGAAGUCGUUGAUUGAAUUACAUUUUACAGAGAAAGAUUUAUUAUCAAAUUGUUUUAAAGCACCAUUUAAUCAAAUUAAAACUACAAUUCAAUAUUUAUUUUUUCAAAAUAAUAGACUACCAUUUAGUAUUGAAAAUAUAUCAUUAGAAUAUUAUCCAACUUGUUUAGUUAAAUUUUUAGAUGCAUUCAAUAUGACAAAUUUUAAACAAUUAACCUUCUUUUUAGAGAAUAAUUUAAUAAAAUAUGAUAAAAAUGAUUUUAUAGAAUUGGUAAAUUCUUUUAGUUUCUUUUCAAAUGAUAUCAAUCCAUCGAUUGCAUUUGAUUAUUUACAAAAGUUUACAUAUAUAUAUGAAAAUUAUUAUUGUUUAGAGAAUAAAUAUAUUGAAAAUUGUGAACCAUUACAUCAUUCAUUACAAUUUAUAUCAUCACUUGUCAAUUCAAUUAAUGAUCCUUUAAUAAUUGAAAAUUUAUUAAAAACAACACAUACUGUUAAAAUUGAUUUUUUAAAAAAGGAUCAACCUCUUGAAAUUAAUGGGUCUGAACCUAAAACUUGGUGUACUUAUGAUAUGUCAACAAGAGCAUCUUUUAUUGCAAAAAAUCAUAGAAACAAUAAUAAUAUUAAUAUUAAAAAUAAUAAUAAUAAUAAUAAUGAUAAAGAUAAAACUAAUAAUAAUGUAAAUAAUGUUGAAAAUAGUAUAAAUGAAGAGAAUGAUGGAAAUAAUAAUAAUAAUACUAAUGAUUUUAAUAAUCAAGAAUUUUUAAUUAUUAAUAUUAAUAAUGAUGAUAAUUAUAAAAUUAUUAAUUUUAAUAAUAUCAAAAUUGAAAAUAGAGUGAUGAAUAGAAUUAUAACAAUUUAUAUGUAUAGUUUCUUCUAUCCAUUAAUAUUUUUAUUUCAACAAGCAAAGAUUGAUAUUACAGUUAAUAAAUUUUUAAUAUUAAAGAAUGAUUUAUCAAUUUUAUCAGAAGCAAAUUCAAUAAUUAAUAAAUUUAAAAAAGUGGAAAAAGUAACUUUAAAAUAUAUUGCAUUUAAAGAGAUCUUUAUAUCAUCUUUAGAGACUGCUAAUAUUGAACCAUUGAAAGAAAUAGCAGCAAUUAGUAAAACAGUAAAGGAUGAAAGUUAUAUUAAAGAAUAUGCAAGUUUAUUUACUUUACCAACUGAUUUUAAGAUGUUUAAAUAUUUAAAUGGUGGUGGUGGUGGCAAUAGUUUAGAUACAUUAGAUUUUAAAAAAAAUUAUUUAAAUGAAUUUCUUUCUUUAACAAAGAAUGAUUCAUUCUUGGUUAAAUUUCAAACUUCAUUAUUGUUUUGUUGGUUAUCACAUGAAGAUUUAGAAGAAACUUCAUUUCAAUUAUUGGAAUUUUUAAAACCAAAAAUAACUUCAAAUAAUAUUGCAAAUAAAACUGAUCCUAAAACUUCAAUUCCCUAUAGAGCAGUUUCAUCUGGAAAUCAUUUGUUAACAGAGUUUUGUUUAUUGAAUUCCCAUUACUUUACAACUCAACAGUUACUUUUCUUGGCUGCAAUAAAUGGUAAACAUCAUAAUAUUAUGAGCCUUUUAUGUAAACAUCAAGUGACUGCUGAUGAAUUUUCAUUUUCAAGAGCCGUAGAAUUAAAUGAUCUAACUGCUAUAAUGAUACUAGUUGAAAAUAAAACUCCAUUUAGAGCUCAAGAUUUAUAUGUUUCUGCACAACAUAUUGAAAAUCCUGAUAUUUUCAGAUUCCUAGUAAUGAAUGUACCAAUUAUUGAUGAAUCAACAGGUGAACAAACUACAAAAUAUUUAGAUCUAAUUAAUUUCGCAGCAAAGAAUAAUAAAAUUAUAAUGGAUAUUUUAAAAGAGAAUAGUUUGGCAUUUGAAAGUGGUGUUUUUGGUGAUGUUGAUAGUUUAGAAAAUGGUUACCAUAAUUAUAAUUUAGUACUUGAAAAUUAUAAUAAAUUAAAUACAGUUCAAAUGUUUAGACAAAAUAAAUUAGAUAAAAUUAUUAAUUUCCUACUUGAUUAUAGUACUGGUGGUGGUGGUGUAGAUGAAAAUAUUGAAUAUGGCAAACAAGUAUUACUAAGACAUACAAAAUUACUUGGCGAAGCAAUUGAUUUUAAUCAAAUGGAUUUCCUUUAUCAAUUACUUGAUAUAUUUUAUAAAUCAAAAGUAUUUAAAAAAAACCACACUUCUGAUUUAACCAAUGAAGAAUUUAAUAACUUUGUAAUUCAUUGUGCAAAAAGUAAUCAUUACCAUGUUUUAAAUUAUCUUUUCAAAAAUCUUCAAUUAAAAUUAUUUGUGAAUGGAUUUUCAAGUGUUUUCUCUCAAUUAUCACUCAAUCAUAAUUAUUUAUCAAAGGAUAUUAUUCAAUUAUUAUUUGAUUGGAGUGUUUGGAGUGGUGGUUGUACUAUGUCAACAAUAUAUGAUGACCUUUUAAGCAUGUUGAUUGAAUCUGUUAGAUUACAAAAAUUUAGUUUAUUCAAAUUUAUUAAUGAAAACUUUUUAAAAUUUAAUUCUAUAACAAUGCCAAAACAAAUCAUUAAAAUUGUUAAACAACAUCAAAAUCCAAAUGUAAAUUUUAGGAAUUACUUAUUAUUUGAAAAAAAUGAAAAUGGUGAAACAUUAAUUGAUAUUUCAUCAUUCGAAUCAUAUGUUGUUGUUGAAAAUAUUAAAUUAAAUAUUCCAGAACCAAAAGUUGUAACAAUAAUUGAAAGAUUAAAAUAUAAAUUAAGUAGAUUAGAUAUUUUCCAUAUUUUUACAAGUAAAUAUCUCAACUAA